AUAACACUAGUGCAAAACUAUGGUUAGAAAUCAUUUCACACUUUCACAAUAGAGAGACUAGAGAGAUUUGAGAGAGAAAGAGAAGAAUAUAACAGAAGAGAAGAACCCAUUUGGAGAGAAGUGAAGAGGAGAGCUUGGAAUCACAAGAGGAAUGAAGAUUCUUGAAGAUUAGCUUAGCUUUGGAGGAAACAAUGUAAGGGGGAUAGGUAGAUUCUACUUAAUAAGCUAUAAUCUACUUUUUCACUUAUGGAUUGUAUGUGUUUUGGAUAAAUUAUGAUUUUAAUGAUUUUGGUUGUUAAUUUUCAUGCUCAUAAUUAAGUGAUGAAUUUGGGUAUGUGAAUUUGUGGUAAAAUUGUCGUUGAUGCUUAAUUUUCAUUGUUGAUAUCUGUUGAAGUGAUUACUUUGAGAAUUUGGCUUAAAAUGAUGAAAAUGAUGAUGUUUUUGUUGUUUGAUGAUGAAUUCAUGAAUUUUAUGCUAUGAAUGUUGUUGGGUAUAUGUUGGUGAUGAUAAGUCAUGAACUGGGUGAUGAUAAAUGUGUGGUUGUGGUUAAGUUGUUGUGUUUUGGUGAUUUUUGUAAAAAUGGAUCAAAAUUGGAGAAGGUUGAUUUUGAUGAAUUUGAGUGGAUUAAAGGGGUUGUUUUGAUGAAUUGAAUUGAGGAGAAUUUAUGUUAUCAAUCAAUGUGUUUUGGUGAGAAAUCGUUUGGAGAAAAUCGAGUUUUUGAGCUAAAAGCCGUUUUUAAGAACUUUUGAAAAUAAGUCAUUUUGGUUGAUUUGAAUAAAUUUGUUUUGGGUUAGAAAACUAUAUUUUGAGGUGAGAAUCAACUAUUUAAGUGUUUGGAACGAAAUCGAUGAAAACAGGAUCGAAAAUGGAUCAAAAAUCAGACAUUUUCCUGCGCGCGAAAACACGAAAACAUGCAACUUUGCUAUUAGAGCAGAGUACACGGUUUGCACCAGGAAGUGCACGACCCGUGCACAAGUUCCUGGACCUUCCGCUUUUGCCUGUGCAAAAGUGCACGAUCGUGCACUCUCUAGGUGGUCUGGAAACAGUGUUUUUUCGUACUUUUGGGGUUCCGUAUGUAUCCCUAUGAGUUCCUAAAACCUAAGCCUACUUGAAUAGAGUUUAAUUAGGCUUAUUUUAGUGGAUUAACAUGGCUUAUUCUUGAGGAAAAUAAUUGAUUUCAAAACAUGUUAAAAAUGAGACGAACUUGGAAAAUUUUGAGAAACGAAGAAACUUUGUGAAACGAAAAUGUCAUGAAUAAUUUUCCUAGAUGUUAGAUGAUAUGUAGGGAUGUCAUGAGAGUGUCGUUGAUGCUUUAAACCUUGUUUUGGUGAAAUAUUUGAAAAUCGGCAAUUUUGUGAAAAUAGACGAGCUUUAUUGAAAUGAGGUUUUAUGAUCGGAUAAUUUGUAAAUGGCUUUGUAUACAUGAUAGUAUAAUAAAAUAAGGAUGAAUCAAUGAUCAAUGACCAGGUCUAAAUGAUCAAUGAUGUCUAAAUGUAAAUCAAGUCCUUUUAAACUCUAAGCGAUCCUUUUAAUUAAUAUUUGAGUGUCAACUGUAAAUAAAAGAAUCUCACAUUACAUAAAAUGAACUUGUCAAAAACAUAUAAGUGAGUAAUGCUUAAUGCCUUAAAAUUAUGAAUGUAUGUAGCGUACAAACCCAUAUGUAUGAUUAUUCUUGGUUAAAUGUGGAGAUCUCGCUCUCUUUCAAACUCUCCUUGUGAUCUAAGAUUUAAUAUUUAUUCUCACAAAGAUGUUAUUGUAAAAAAAAUAAAAAAUAAGUUUUCGGUGGUAUUUGAAUCUAAAAGGAGCAUUAGACAUGCCAAAAGUAAAAAUAUAAACGAGGAUGUUUAGUCUUAAUUUAUUUUGAUCAUGGAGGUGAGCCACUGGUUAAAGAGGGUUCCUUAGGUCAUCUAUCUUUCAUUUUUGCGGUCAUUGUUCGGUGGGUUUGGCGUCAUCGAAAUCUCAUGUGUCUCCACAACGAGACUUAGACUGUCAGUCAUCUCUCCUACAACAUUCACAUUAUGGUAGAUUCUUUCAAUCUUUGUUUCAAAAAUAAUUCUCAAAUUGAUCAGGUUGACAGAUUCAUUAGAUGGAAUAAUGAUAAUUAUUCUUGUGUCAUUCUUAAUGUCGAUGGUAGUUGCAUGGGUACACCCGUGCGAGCUGGUUUUGGUAGAACUAUCCGAAAUAGUGUCGGAUACUACUUAUCAGGUUUUUCUGGCUGCAUCGAUGUUUCUUUUGACAUCCUGAGCUUUGUGCUAUCUACCAUGGGCUUAUUUUGCAAAAAGCUUGAAUAUAAUUGAGCUUGUUUGCUAUACCAAUCCUUGCGUUGUAUCAACCUCCUCAAAGGGCCACCAAUGAGAUACCAUAUUUAUGCUUUCUUGAUUCAAGAUGUUAAGGAUUUAAUUGGGUAAAGUAAUGUCAUUGUUUGUCAUACUCUUAGAGAGGGAAAUCACUGUGCAAACUUCUUUGCUAAACUUGGAGCUAAUUCGGAUACUGAGCUGCUCUAUCAUGCCUCUCAUCCGGAUGAACUCUUGCAUGUUCUUAGGAUGAACACAGUUGAAACCCUCUACUCUAGAGAGUAGUUCCUUCUGAUUUUUUUUAUUUCGUUGUCUUUUGCCUUGUAACAAAAAAAAAACACUUUAUCCCUUAAUAUAAGAGUUUGUUGACGUAAACCACGGGAAUUAAAAAAAUUGAUAACAAUAUUAAAUCUGUUAACAGUUUUUGUUGACAUAAUUAUAGGUAUACUGGUAAAAAAAAAUUAACACAUUUGAAAAUUUAAAAAUGGUUUUAUAGUAAAAAAGAUGUAGUGAGAAAAAAAAAACAAAAAAGAUCUUAUAUUUAAGGACAGAGAGUAUUGCAUAAACUUUGAUAAAAUAAAUUGCCUACACUCUGAUAUGAACUUUUAAACAAUAAAAUAAUUGAAUAGCUGUGACUACUUUUCUGUUUUCUGUAACUGAAAAUUUACAAAAGCAUAAUGCCAAGAAAAAGAGUAGCAAGAAAAAGAAACAGACAAGAGGGAUGUCAAUUGGGUCAGAAUCAAUGACUGCGUUUAAACCAUGGAACCCUUGCCAAUGUAACUGCCAAGCAACGCUCUUAUGAUCAAAAGGACCACAUACUUAGUAAUGUCACCCUUAUAAAGGCCACCCCCACAACUAUGAUUUGCCACAUAAAAUGAUCAACACAUAUAUCUUGUGAACAUUCAAUAGAUAUAGGCAACAACAACACACAUGAAAAUGGAAUUGAAAUCGACUAUCUCGUUCACAUUUUUCUCUUUACUCGUGUUAGCACUAGCGAAUGGUUCUAAUGCAGGAAAAAUUGCAAUCUACUGGGGCCAGAACGGAAACGAGGGCACGUUAGCUGAGGCUUGUGCCACAGGAAACUAUGAAUAUGUGAUCAUAGCCUUCUUACCGACCUUCGGAGAUGGCCAAACUCCGAUGAUUAAUCUAGCUGGUCAUUGUGAUCCAUACAGUAAUGGAUGCACUGGCUUAAGCUCAGACAUCAAGUCAUGUCAAGCCAAAGGAAUCAAAGUAUUGUUGUCGAUAGGAGGAGGUGCUGGAAGCUACUCAAUUGCAUCCACAAAAGAUGCAAACAGUGUAGCAACUUACCUUUGGAAUAACUUCUUGGGUGGAAAAUCUUCAUCUCGCCCUCUUGGUCCUGCUGUUCUUGAUGGCAUUGACUUUGAUAUCGAAGGAGGAUCAAGCCAACAUUGGGGUGAUCUUGCUAGGUACCUUAAAGGGUUCAACAAGAAAGUUUACAUAACUGCAGCUCCUCAAUGUCCAUUUCCUGAUGCUUGGAUAGGAAAUGCACUUACAACAGGACUUUUUGAUUAUGUUUGGGUACAAUUCUACAACAACCCUCCUUGUCAAUACAACCCUGAUGCAUUUAUGAACUUCGAAGAUGCGUGGAAGCAGUGGACAUCAGGUAUCCCUGCAAACAAGAUAUUCUUAGGGUUACCUGCUUCUCCAACGGCUGCAGGAAGCGGUUUUAUUUCCGCAGAUGAUCUUACCUCUACUGUACUUCCAGUUAUUAAAGGUUCUUCCAAAUAUGGUGGUGUUAUGCUGUGGUCUAGGUAUGAUGAUGUUCAGAGUGGUUAUAGCUCCUCCAUCAAGAGCCAUGUGUGAAAUCUAAAUAUAUGUGGUAGUUAUGUAUAUGUAAUACGUGAUAUUUAUUUGUGUGCUGGUUGGUGUAUGUUCAAAUAUCUAUGUCUAUAUAAUAUGACGAUGUUUUGUUGAAAUGAAUUCUAAUGUUGAACCAAGUUC